AUGGCAGACUCAGAACCUCGUGUCUCCGACAAGAUUGAGACAUCUACCCCGACGAAAAUUCCAUACUGGCGCAUGGUCUUUGAUCAGGGCGCCGUCACGCAAGAGAUUAUCGAUCACCCAUACCCCGGUUCUGGAACGCAAGAGGAUCCUUAUGCAGUAACAUGGAUUCCCGAGGAUCCUCGCAAUCCCAUGAACUUCAGUGAAACGAAGAAAUGGUCCCUUACUAUGCUGGUGGCCGUUGCAACCUUGGCGGUUUCACUGGUAUCUUCUGCCUAUACUGGUGGUCUCAAAGAGAUCCUGGUGCAGUUUAACAUCAGCCAAGAAGUCGGCACUCUUGGAGUUUCCCUUUUCGUUCUCGGUUUCGCGAUCGGACCUUUGCUUUGGGCUCCACUGAGUGAGCUGUUUGGUCGCCAAAUCCUAUUUGUUACUACAUAUUGCGCUCUCACAGCUUUCAAUGCCGGUGUUGCAGGUUCUCAAAAUGCCUGGUCUAUCAUCAUCUUUCGAUUCCUCGCCGGUUCUUUUGGAUCCUCGCCUUUGACCAACGCCGGUGGUGUCAUUGCGGACAUGUUUCCCGCUAAUCAGCGAGGUCUCGCUAUGACUUUGUUUGCCUCCGCACCUUUCCUUGGCCCCGUUCUUGGUCCCAUCAUUGGUGGAUUCAUUGGUAUGAGUGAUGGUGGCUGGCGAUGGGUCAUGGGUUUCCUUGCCGCCUUUUCUGGUGCCGUUUGGAUUAUCGGCGGUCUGCUUAUCCCCGAAACAUAUGCCCCCGUGCUUCUCCGCCGCCGUGCCGAGAGACUCUCAAAGCUGUCGGGCAAGCUCUACCAGAGUCAGCUUGACAUUGACCAAGGCAGAAUUUCUCUCAAAGAAUCAUUCAAACUGUCACUGUCCCGCCCCUGGAUUCUGUUGUUCCAGGAACCUAUUGUGUUCUUGCUAUCUCUUUACAUGGCAAUCAUCUACGGUACCUUGUAUAUGAUGUUCGCUGCCUUCCCUAUUGUCUACCAGCAGUCCCGCGGCUGGAACCAGGGUAUUGGUGGUCUCCCCUUCCUCGGUAUCAUGACUGGUAUGUUGUUUGCCGUCUGCUACUCCAUCUGGGAUAACAAGCGCUACGUCGCGGUGUCCAACGCACACAAGGGCUUCGCACCCCCGGAGGCACGUCUCCCGCCUUGCCUCAUCGCAUCUGUCACAAUCCCAAUCGGUCUAUUUUGGUUCGCAUGGACCAACUACCCCUCAAUCCACUGGAUAGUCAGCAUCUUAGCCGGCGUGCCCUUUGGUUUCGGAAUGGUUCUAGUCUUCCUCAGCACUAUGAACUACCUCAUUGACUCCUACACCAUUUUCGCCGCCUCUGUGUUAGCCGCCAGUUCCGUCAUUCGUUCCCUCUUCGGUGCCGUUUUCCCUCUCUUCACCACCUACAUGUACCAGGACCUAGGUAUCCACUGGGCAUCAUCGAUCCCGGCCUUCCUAGCGCUGGCCUGCGUGCCAUUCCCAUACUUGUUCUACAAAUACGGAGCCUCGAUCCGCGCCCGUUGCAAGUUCGCCGCCCAGUCUGAGGCAUUCAUGCGCAGGAUCCAGGAACAGGUCUCCGCAGCGCCGGCGCCGGUCGCAGAUGAGAAGGUGGAAUACGACCGCACAGAGGCCCCCGCCAUCGAAGGCUCAGUCUCCAGCGAGUCCCAGGACGCUGCUACCGAACCUGCCGCUACACAGCGCACUCGCAGCCGUGCGCACUCGGUCGCUUCCACUCGCACUGUUGGCUCGUUGGCUCGCUCGGUUACCUAUGAUGGAAACCCUUACGAUAUCGAUCGUGUCCAUACUCGUGACUCAUUCAAGCAAUAA